AUGUCUUAUACUAGACAAGUCAGUGGAAAAAUGAUGCUGGGCCAUCAUGUCAGGUUUCUGUUUGUGAUCAGUUUGGCAUUACAGAUGAUCCAUUUGGGAAACAGUUAUCAAAGAGAGAUACAUGGAAGUGGUAAAGAAGCUAUCAACAACGCUACAAUCCAGGAGCGCCACCAGAAAACACUUAACCGGAUUUUAAAUAAUUUUAGUGACGCGAAUGGGAGCUUGGAGGGCUGGAGGCAGCCGCGGGAGUCGCUUCCCCAUUCUUGGGGGUUCCAAGAGAGUGAGUCCCGGCAGCGCAGCUGCUGCCAAAACGGCGGCACGUGCGUCCUGGGCAGCUUUUGCGUGUGCUCCGCCCACUUCACUGGCCGCCACUGUGAGCAAGACCGGAGGCUCAGCGUAUGUGGUGCCCAAGCACAUGGAGUCUGGACUGUCCGCGGCUGCCGCCUCUGCAGGUGUAUCUAUGGCGCCCUGCACUGCCUCGCCCACAAGACUCAAGGCCUCUGUGGUAAGGAAACCAGUGCCUUCUGCUGCUGGCAUCCGCAUGUGGCCCAGCAGCUCCUGAACUAUUUGUUCAUCACACUGGUAGAUCGAUAG